AUGGCGCUUUCUGUGUUAGCCUGCUUAUCAACCGUGCUUGCAGCGCCAGCUGAUAUAGCCCUCGUUUUUGAGUCGUAUCGAGAAGGGGCCUGCGCAAAGGCCGCUGGGCCAAGCUUCUGCCACCACGCCAGGCCUCAGUAUCUAUCUGAUUUGGCCAAGAACGUGGGUUCCAAGGUAGCUCUUCGGCAAUGCCCUGAACCCUACGAUGAUCUGAGCGCAGCCGACAGGAGUAGAACCACCGCUGUUGUGGGCAUGCCCCGGAACAUUACCAUCUUGGAGCAGCUGCCCAGCUUGACGCUGAUGCAAAGUUCUCACUAUAUGCGCCCUAUAUAG